AUGGCCGCUCCUCCUGUCCUUAAAGCCAUAGUACCUCCGCGAUACAUGCCCUUCGACAGAAUCAACCAUGUAUCUGCAGACAACGAUCAGCUCUUUAGUCUGAUUGAAGAGUUGGAGCAUCAUGUUGACUCGGCGACUGGUUUCCAUAAGCUCAAUAAUACGUUGAGCCAACACCACGACUUCAAGAACAACCCAAUUGCCUGCCCUCUAUGUCAAGAGGAUGACACUAUCGCCGACCCAAAGGUGGAAACUUUCGAUGCGAAGUUCGCGCGGCUUAUCGUCACCACGAGUCAACCGCCUCCGUACACCUUCUGCGUUGGAUCAGGUGCCGAUAUCAAUUCUACAUUGGUUGAAGCCGUCGCCAAUAUUGUAAAGAAAAAGAUUGAGCCGUGGCUAACCAAGCGUCUCGACACUGCUGCCACAGAACUCAAGACUACAGUCGAAGAACACUUCCAGUGGCAGGUCACUGUAGAAACUCAGAACUUCCUACAUCACCACGUACCGGAAAUCGAGGGAAAGAUUGAGCCCAAUGCCGAACGAAUCAAGUCGAAACUAGAGCCUGAGAUCACCCAGAAGUUGACUCGGCUAUGGCCACUAUUAAGAAUGAGAUGA